AUGUUAUUUCUCAGGAAAGUGAGAGACAGAAUUUCACUUCCGCUGCGUCCAAAGGGCAUUGAAAAGAUAGGGUUGACCUCCUCUGCAACCGAAGACUCUCAUCUCGAGGCGAAUCGCAAAUUACAUUUAUACCAUCGUGUCCAUCGGUGGGACCCUAAUCUUGAUGAUGAAUAUCUCGACGAAGUGCACCGCGCAGCCAACAGUUACGAUGGGAGUUCAACAAACAAACGCAUGGCCCAAAAGGUCUCCGAGAAUUCGCCUUAUCCAGAGGUUCGAGCCGCUGUGCGGAAUAAGGACGAGGACGUGCCCGUGGAUACCAUUCGUGCAUGGACGAUCGGUAUCUUCCUCACAACCGUCGGAUCUGGGCUGAAUUCGUUAUUCGCGCUUCGUGCGCCUUCGAUCGUUGUUAGCUCCAUGGUCGCAUUGCUUAUCGCGCACCCACUUGGCCUGGCUUGGGCAAAGGUGAUGCCAAAUAAAAAGAUCAAAGUUUUUGGCCGCGAAAUGGAACUUAACCCUGGACGGUUCAACAUCAAAGAACACGCUUUAAUAGCAAUCAUGGCGAAUGCCUCGAUCGGAAACGGACACGCGUACUUUGCCAAUACGAUCCUAGCCCAAGUGAAAUUCUACAACACUGAUUUCGGUACGGGGUCUUGCUACUCCUUUGCGUUUUUGAGAUUGCUAGCUGACCAUGGUUCUGAAUCAAGGGGUGUUAUGGGAAAUAUGUCUUGCAAUCAGUACCCAAAUGGUCGGAUUCGGUAUUGCCGGGCUGCUUCAUCGGAUUCUUGUCGAACCAGCCCGCCAAAUCCAGCUACCACGAACGGUUGGCGAAUUCCACGUUAUCGAUAUUUCCUCUACCUAUUUACAGGCGCCUUUAUAUGGUAUUGGUUUCCGGGGUUUAUUGCGCCGUUCCUCAGUGUGUUCGCCUUUGCUACGUGGAUCAAACCGAAUAAUCCCCUUGUGAAUCAACUAUUUGGAGGUUGGACCGGGCUCUCGCUCAUCCCCAUCACUUUCGACUGGACCCAAAUUGCAGGAUACGUUCAAAGUCCAUUGAUACCACCGUGGCACGCAAUCGGAAACACCAUGAUUGGGACCGUCGUCACGUACCUCAUUGUGACUCCUAUCCUUCACUACACCAACCACUGGUACGCACGAAGUUUACCUAUCCAUGACUCGACCAUAUACGAUAAUACCGGCCAUCCAUAUGAUGUUUCCAAAGUUCUGGACGCCGAUAGAACGUUCGAUUUGCAAAAGUACAAGGCGUACUCACCGGUGUUCCUCCCAACCACCAUGUCUAUGACAUACGGUCUGAAUUUCGCUGCGAUUGCCGCCUUGAUCGUACACACCGUUUUAUUCCACGGCCAGCAAAUUUGGAUCAGGGCUAGGGAUGUCCGCGGUGACUUGGACGAUAUUCACACCCGGAUGAUGCGAAAAUAUCCAAAGGUCCCAGUGUGGUGGUAUCUGGUCCUUCUUAGCGGAUGCCUCGUUUUGUGUUUCCUGACCUGCGUGGCCUGGCCGACACAUUUACCCUGGUGGGGCCUUCUUAUAGCGCUUUUAAUCGCAUUCAUCUUGACGGUUCCCAUUGGCAUCAUUCAGGGCUCGACUAACAUUCAGAUCGGACUAAACGUCUUCACCGAGUAUAUCGUCGGAUAUAUGCUUCCUGGCCGGCCUCUUGGGAUGAUGCUUUUCAAAACUUAUGGAUAUAUCAGCAUGGCCCAGGGCUUGUCUUUCAUCCAGGAUCUGAAGCUUGGACAUUAUCUCAAAAUCAACCCUCGGUCACUGUUUUGGGCACAGGUGCUCGCCACAUUAUGGUCUUGUUUUGUCCAGCUCGGCGUGAUCAGGUGGAGCAUGGGUAACAUCGAAGGCAUCUGCGAACGUGAUCAACCCAACCGGUUUACGUGUCCCAACGGCAGGGUGUUCUUCGCAGCUUCAAUCUUGUGGGGGUUGAUCGGACCACGGCGCAUCUUCUCCGGUAAAUCGAUAUACGCUGGACUUCAAUACUAUUGGGUGGCCGGCGCAUUGGCUCCGAUUGUUUUUUAUAUCAUUGCCCGGAUUUUCCCCCGGUCCAGAGCUCGGUUCGUCAACACGCCCAUUUUAUUUGGUGGUACACUCAUGCUCCCACCGGCCACCACCUUGAACUAUCUCGCAUGGGGCAUCGUGGGUGUUGUAUUCCAAAAGCAUAUCCGUUACCGGUUCACAGGCUGGUGGAUGCGCUAUAACUACAUAACCUCCGCUGCACUCGACACGGGCCUAGCAAUCAGCACAAUCGUCAUCGUCACGGCUUUCCAGCUGUCAAACAUCAGCUUCCCAAGCUGGUGGGGAAAUACGACUGCUUUGCAAACGAUGGACCAGAAGGGGACCGCGAUAAUCGACCCCUUGGCGCCGGGCGAGACCUUUGGGCCAAAGACCUGGUAG